GUUGCUACUGAGUGACAAAGAUGGAACUGAAGCUGCAGCUGAUCCUUUUCAUGUUUCUCAUCGACGCAUCGCUUGCUGUGUGGCAGCGAGUCACUGUGAUGGAGGGCAAGACGCUCACCCUGAGGUGCCCCAUCACAAACGCUCACCAGAGCCACGUGGAGUGGAAGAACCCAAAGGGAUAUGUCAUGUUCUUCAAUCACAACAAAGGUGAAGAUGCUUUGAAGGACAGGCGAUACAGCAUAGACAAGCUGUCCAAGACAGAAUUCACCGUCAGUGUGUCUGACAUCACCUUCAAAGAUGGAGGCAACUACACGUGCCUUCACUACAACCACACUGUGACAGAGAAGACAGUGGAGGUGACAGUAUUAGGCUAUCCAAAAAUUGCAGUAGCAAGGCAUGGUGGGAGGAAGGUCAUCAAAUGCACUGCAGCGGCGAACCACUAUGCUCCCAAAAUCUUCUGGCAAAUCGGUCAUGUGAUUGAAACUGCUGCUCAACCCCAUAUCAUCACUGAAGACAACAUAAGCAAAUAUGUCUCUGUGGAUAAACUUCAUGUUCAAUCAGUGAGGGACAAAGUCAGAGUGAAAUGCCUUGUUCGCCAUCCAGCUCUGCACUCCGAACCACUGAUGGACUUUGUCGACAUUGGACGACCUGGCACAAAGUCACCCCGGACGACCUCCACCAGUUCACCCACGACUCAACCACAAAGGUCAACAACAACCCACUGGUUCGAGAGAGAGUCAACAACUGAGACACCAGCAACCACAGACUUGAAUGGGCCCACCAUGUUCCCUCAGAUGACCAGUUCACCCAUGACUCAACCAGACCAUCCAGGGACAACUAAUUCCUCAGAGAGCUCUGUAUCAUCUGAUUCAGACAGAAGCAGGGAUGACACCAUCAGUAACGUCACCAGCACAGCAGGUUGGACACGUGUUUCCGAAAUAACAGAGGAGAACAUUUUCUAUAACAGUACAGAGGGAAACAGUACCAGAGAGGGUUUUGAUGAGAGACAGAAGCGAGCAGGAAAUGAAGGAAAUUCAUCAUUACUGGUCUUCCUGGUGACAUGCCUAAUCUUUGCUCUUCUGGUGGUGGUCCUUUUCUUUGCAAUUAAACUGAGGCGAGCACACAUCCUGUGGAAGCGAGUUUUUAUUGUUACAGAGAAUGAAGACUCAGCUCCGUCAGAGGAGAGCAGCAAAUCCAAAUCAAGCCAAGAGGAAAGACUCUCCCAAGCACAAAGGCGCAAAGGGCUGUUCAACAUCGGCUUCACUAAGUAUGUUAUCGAGGAGCCAACAGAGAUAAUCACAGAGACAAAUACAACCAUGACAACAGCUGAAAGGAAAAAUAAAGAACCGACCUCUGCGCUUCAUGUGGCACCAAAAACAGAAGCUUCAGCCAGCAAUCACAUCAAGGAGACAGAACUGUAACAGCCUUUUAAAUAUAGUGUAUGAUAAGCUAUAUGAAAUGUGAUACAAUGCAUCAGUUUAGGACUCACAAACUAAGCUGUUUUUUAUUUUUUUAAACAGAGUAUAUGUUUACAUGGAAAAGGAUGUGGUAGCACUAUGCCUGUAAAGUACUGUAGCAAACUGUAUAUGUUUACAUAUGCCAAUAAAUUAUA